CAGCUGUUGGGAGCUUCUAAAAGUAAAAUAAUAGUUAGCUUUAUAGCCUCACAAAGCUUCUCUCCAUCGACCGAACCGCAAGUCCCACAAUAAAAAAACACCACUUUGUAUGAUCCUCAUACUUAUUCCUCUUUCACUCUCCUGUCUUCCUCCAUGCCAGUGAGUUUUUGAGAGUUUUAUAUUUCUAGAAUCAAUCUAAAAGGGAUCAUUAUACAAUUAAUAACAUGCAUAGUUUCCUUUAGUGGGUCUUAACCCUUUUGCCUUUAUAUCCCCCUCAAGACAAAAAAAAAGAGAGCAACAAACACUUUAUGUCUUAAUUUUGUUUCAUCUCUCUUCAUGUUCUUGAGUUUAUCAUUUAAACAAUCUCAAGCUAAAAGAAUGCCCUUGGAGGCUGUCGUAAACCCGCAAGAUCCAUUCGAAUUCGGAUACCUUUCCAAUUGCAAAGAUUUCAUGUUCCACGACUUUUACUAUCACGAAGAGAUAGUAUCUCAAGAUACAAAGAACAACACUGAUAAGUUAGGGAAAGAACAGAGCUAUGUGGAAAACAAUGAGGAAGAACUUCUAUGGGAAGACCAUCAUCAUCAGUGCCCUUUAGUCCCUUCGUUGGAAGAAGAGCUUGGUCUUCCAGCCCUUGAUGUGGAAAGUCAUCCUCCCGUGCAGCAGAGGAGGAAGAGGAGGAGAACAAGGAGCAAUAAGAACAAGGAAGAGAUCGAGAACCAGAGAAUGACUCACAUCACCGUCGAGAGAAAUCGCCGGAAACAGAUGAACGAGUACCUCGCCGUGCUCCGUUCUUUAAUGCCGCCGUCAUAUGCUCAAAGGUACUCGGUUUUUUUUUGGUGCACAAGCAUAGUACUCGGAUUUGUUACGUAUUUUGAGGGAGAUCAAGCGUCGAUAGUAGGAGGAGCCAUUAGUUACGUAAAAGAGUUAGAGCACAUCUUACAGUCUAUAAAGCCUAGGAGAACCACGACCACGAGCCAUGAAGCCGAUACAAGCACUAGCUCGUUGGUGUGUCCCUUCCCAGAUUUCUUCACUUUCCCGCAGUACUCGACAAAGUCAUCAUCAGAAGUGGAAAGCUCUUCUUCACCAGCCGAAAUAGAAGUGACGGUGGCUGAAGGCCACGCGAACAUCAAGAUAAUGGCAAAGAAGAAACCUAGGCAGCUUCUUAAGCUCGUAGCUUCCAUACAGAGUUUAAGGCUCACUAUUCUUCAUCUCAAUGUGACCACUAUGGACAACUUGAUUCUCUACUCCAUCAGCGUGAAGAAAAAUGGUAUAUUCAGGUUGAAGAAGGGAGCCAACUGAAUACCGUGGAGGACAUUGCAACAGCUUUGAAUCAAAUCAUAAGGAGGAUUCAAGAAGAGUCAUAAUAAUCUAGCAUAUAAGAUUCAGUCAUUAGUUUCAAAAUGUGUAUUUUCAUUUAUAAUAUUUAUCUUGAAAUAACUGAAAUACAAAUUCAUCUAAUUUCUGUACUUUUUACUGUUUUUCUUCUUUCUUUUUUUUUAGUGUAUGUUGCAUGUUUGUCUCCUGUAAUGCAUAUGUUGUUUUUAGCCU